CUAAUUUGCAUUCGGUGUUCUUCGGUUUCUUACUGCGUAGAUGCGUGCUUCGUGAACACAAGAUACGAAUAUGGAUCAACACGAGGAUGAAUGCCGCGUUGGAGGUGAAAGAAACAGCAAACAAGAUGAUGAGGUUGUAAUCAUUAAUCUUUUAAAGUGAUUUCUAAUUGCUAAUGACCCGUAAUGUGCUACUUUAGUACUUCAGUUUGAUUCACUCUAUUUGACAUGCCAGCUAAACAAUUGUGAAAGACUUUGAUUAUGGGUAUAUGCUUUAACGGCGAAUCAACUCUAUUUUGGUUUCUGAAAUUUGGUUAUGGGUAUGCCACUUGGGUUUUGAAGAAAAGGGUACCAAAAUGUUUAAGAAAAAUCUACGCUCUAUAUGUAGAAUUGUAGUUUCAAGGUCCAAAUUCAUGUUCAUGCACUCAACAAGCUGCAACAUAGUCAUGCCAAAAUCACAUUUUUCAUCACUAAAUACCGAGGUUGUUUUAUCAACCCAAUUGGAAUCUGUGUUCAGGGCUUGUUCAGAUCCUUCUGUGCUUCCACAAGUCAGACAAAUUCAUGCUCAGGUCAUUGUUGGUGGAGUGAGUGAUGAGAAUACACUGAGUUCAAGGAUUUUGGGGAUGUAUGUUCUUUGUGGUAGUGUCAAAGAUGCUGGUAAAUUGUUUUUCAGGCUUGAAUUGUGCUAUAGUCUUCCUUGGAAUUGGAUGAUAAGAGGGUUUUCAAUGUUGGGGUGGUUUGAUUUUGCCUUGUUGUUUUACUUCAAGAUGUUGGGUAGUAGAGUUUCACCUGAUAAAUACACAUUUCCUUAUGUGAUUAAAGCUUGUGGUGGCUUGAAUAAUGUGCCAUUGUGUAAGAUGGUUCAUAAUAUGGUUAGGUCCAUGGGGUUUCAUCUGGACUUGUUUGUUGGUAGUUCUUUGAUCAAGCUUUAUGCAGAUAAUGGUUAUAUUCAUGAUGCAAGAUGCGUGUUUGAUGAAUUGCCUAUGAGAGACAGCAUUUUGUGGAAUGUCAUGCUCAAUGGUUAUGUGAAAAAUGGAGACUUUAACAAUGCGGUAGGAACUUUUCAGGAAAUGAGGGACUCUUAUAAUAAGCCUAAUUCGGUAACGUUUACUUGUAUUUUGUCUAUAUGUGCUACAAGAGGGAUACUUGGUGUUGGUAUUCAGCUUCAUGGUCUUGUUAUUGGUAGUGGGUUUGAGUUUGACUCUAAGGUAGCAAACACACUACUUGCCAUGUAUUCAAAAUGUGGGAACCUUUUUGAUGCUCGUAAGUUAUUUAAUACAAUGUCGCAGACUGAUACGGUGACUUGGAAUGGAUUGAUUGCUGGAUAUGUACAAAAUGGAUUUACAGAUGAGGCUGCACCUUUGUUUAAAGCAAUGAUCUCUGCUGGUGUCAAACCAGAUUCGAUCACUUUUGCAAGUUUCCUUCCUUCUAUCCUUGAAUCUGGGAGUGUCAAACAUUGUAAGGAAAUUCAUAGUUAUAUAGUGCGACAUAUGUUGCCUUUUGAUGUCUAUUUGAAGAGUGCUCUUAUUGACAUUUACUUCAAGGGUGGAGAUGUGGAGAUGGCGUCCAAGAUUUUCCAGCAGAAUACCUUGGUUGAUGUUGCGGUUUGCACGGCUAUGAUCUCAGGCUAUGUACUUAAUGGGCUGAAUAUUGAUGCUAUAAACAUUUUUAGGUGGUUAAUUCAAGAGGGAAUGAUGCCUAAUUCCCUGACCAUGGCUAGUGUUUUGCCAGCUUGUGCUGCUAUGGCUGCUCUGAAAUUAGGGAAGGAAUUACAUUGUGAAAUUCUAAAAAAAGGAUUGGACAAUGUAUGUCAUGUGGGAUCUGCCAUCACAGAUAUGUAUGCAAAAUGUGGAAGACUGGAUCUUGCUUAUCGAUGUUUCAGAAGAAUGUCUGAAAGAGAUAGUGUAUGUUGGAACUCAAUGAUUUCAAGCUUCUCACAAAAUGGGAAACCAGAAAUGGCCAUUGAUCUUUUUCGUCAAAUGGGAAUGAGUGGAACCAAGUUUGAUUCUGUGAGCCUAUCAGCUACUCUCUCUGCUUGCGCAAAUUCACCGGCACUCUAUUAUGGGAAAGAGAUGCAUGGCUUUGUGGUAAAAAAUGCAUUUAUUUCUGACACUUUUGUUGCAAGUGCACUGAUAGACAUGUAUUCUAAAUGUGGAAAACUAGCUUUGGCUCGGUGUGUGUUUGACUUGAUGGAGAUGAAGAAUGAAGUUUCAUGGAAUAGCAUCAUUGCUGCCUAUGGAAGCCAUGGUUGCCCUAGAGAAUGCCUUGAUCUAUUCCAUGAGAUGAUAGAAGCUGGGAUUCACCCUGAUCAUGUUACUUUUCUAGUUAUAAUAUCUGCUUGUGGUCAUGCUGGCCUAGUUGAUGAAGGCCUAUACUACUUCCAAUGCAUGACUGAGGAAUACGGGAUCCACGCUAGGAUGGAACACUAUGCAUGCAUGGUAGAUUUGUAUGGUCGUGCUGGUCGUUUGCAUGAAGCAUUUGAUACUAUAAAGAGCAUGCCAUUCACCCCAGAUGCAGGUGUUUGGGGGACACUGCUUGGAGCAUGUCGGGUUCAUGGCAAUGUUGAGUUGGCUAAACUAGCUUCAAGACAUCUUCUUGAAUUAGACCCAAAAAAUUCAGGAUACUAUGUAUUACUUUCAAAUGUUCAUGCUGGUGCUGGGGAAUGGGGAAGUGUUCUUAAGAUACGAAGUUUAAUGAAGGAAAAAGGAGUUCAAAAGAUACGAGGAUACAGCUGGAUUGAUGUCAAUGGUGGCACCCAUAUGUUUUCUGCUGCUGAUGGAAGUCACCCACAAUCUGUUGAUAUCUAUUUGAUUCUGAAGAGUCUUCUUCUUGAGUUGAAAAAACAGGGAUAUGUUCCUCAACCUUACCUUCCACUGCACCCACAAAUCAUAAGCAAGAAUUGAGUGGAGAUUAAUUGAUUUCUCUCAUAUUCUCAGCAUCAGUCAGCAAAUAUUUCUUCAUGUUACCCAUAUCAUGGUAAAAUAACUUCUAACUAACUUAGGGGUAUGCUUUCAAUUAUUACUGAUGCUGGUAAGUAUUAAGUUGGGAUCAUUUAUCAUCACAAGAAUUUUGUAGCACUAAUAUAUAAUUCAAAGUUAUAGGUUGAAUGAUAUUACUCGAACGUGAUAAUUACUUAAGAGCUUCAUGUAUUUUCUAAAUCAUGUCGGUCAUUCUUGCAACUUCAACGUUCCUUCUUUAUUCUCAAAUUCCUCUUGCUGAUCUGUUACCUACCUACAUUGAUUAUUUCUAUAACCAAAUUAUUUCUUUAUUUUAUAUUUUUAAAUUAUUAUUUUUGUUCGGUUUUUGGGUGAGCUUGUGCACUCUAUCUGGCUUUACCAUUUUUAUUUUUUCAUAUUUUAAGACAAUGAGUAGAAAUUUUCGUUAUGUUCAAGUAUAAGCACCUUGAUUCAUAUGUAAUACUUAGUAAUUUCGCUGCCUUCGGUUUCAUUGUUGUAAAUUCUUGCCAUAUAGCUUAAGAGCAGAACGAGAUGGGAAAACAAAUAGGUCUAAUUUCUCAUACAAUCACAAGUAACAAAGAGGGGAGGAAAAAACAGAACAAAAGCAACUUGAAUGUUUGGUUUAAGAGUGAUGGACCACAUGAAUAAACACUUCUAUAUGUGCUUCAGUUUUGUUUUACCUUUUUUUUUCAUCUGAAGAAAUUCACUAAGAGGGAGUGAAGAAAAUUACAAGGAAAUUGGACAUAAGGGAUCCUUAAUAAGGAAAAAAGGAAAACUAAAUCAACAAAUAAAAAGAGAAAACAUAAAUGAAGCAAAGCUGCACACUCCCUCUGCAUAUCUAUUGGGGAAUUCUCCUCAAAAAGACCAUUUGCUUUACAACUAUGAAAGCUAACUGCUUAGUUUUAUCCUAUAUAGCAUGUGCUGAACCAAAGAAACCUCUUUAAAAGUAUGAUUGUUAUGCUUAUUUUAUUUUAUUUUUCAAAUGCUGAGAACUUAGGUUCUUAUUUCAAUAUGCCUCUUGUAUUCUGCUGGUUGAAGCCGAUCAUUCUUCUUUUACUUGAGCUUUCAGGAUACAGAAUUUCUUCAAUCGUCAGUAGUACAUUCCAGCAUAAACAAUUGGAAAUUCAUCUUUCCAAUUUGCCUCAAUAUAUGUAAUCCAUGAACAUUCAGAGGCAGGAGUUGGUUACAACAGAAUCAUCUAUGUUUCUAAAGUAAAGCAAAAGUAAGACAAGAUAAACCUAUUAAUGCCACCUAAAAAAUAAUUUUUUAUUUAGCCUGAUAUAACAAGCAGAGUAAUUUUUUUUCUUUUAGUUGAUGUGAUUUCUCUUAUCUUAUAUGUCCAUGGAAAUUGCUAUAUUCUUAUCUCCAUUUUCUAUAACUCUCUAUGCUGGCUAGGAACAUAUGUAAUGCUCCAGGUUUUGAAAACUGGACUGAUCACUGAACUGGUGAAAGGAUGGGUUCACGGUUCAAUUAUCAAUUGUGGUCUAAUACAUUUAGCCUAUUCAUAUCACAAUUAUUGGAGGCUUAGAUGGAUUGGUCUAUUUCCCAAGUGAAUCCUAUUACCACAGGUUGAAUGACGCAAGCAGGGAAACAAAGGAGAUAAAGGAAGUGGUGGUCAAGGAAGACUUGGAAAUUCUUUGGAAAAACGGUAUGCUUACACAGCAACCUGUCCGGUCCGGUUUUCAGAUCACUGAUUAAACUUGAACAUGUCCUGUUCACUUGCUCCAACUCCAGAUGAAGUCUCAUGAUAGCAUAUCCUUGAAGUCAUAGAACUGGGUGCUCUGGUAAAGGAUUUAAUGUUUGAUGGGCCACUAGAGCCUUUGCCAAGAAGUUAUAAAAGAAGGAAGUUCAGAAAGAGUCCAGCCCAACAAAGUUCAGUCCAACAAGAUAAUAAUGAGGUGUCAGGCCCAAGACAAUGCAUUGGUGAGGAGGGUGGGACAGAGGUGGUCCUGGGGAGAAAACCUUUGAUGCAACAGCUAUAGGUACAUUUAUACUAAAUGGAGAAAUUUUGGGGACUUAAAAGGAAUUAUACAAAAAAAUAUGCGUUAAAAUGGAAUUUUAUUCCCCCUUUUUAGUAAAUAGGAGUUCCGAGUUCGGCACUCCCGUUGUAUUGAAGAAAUUUUUGGUAGUGGGAGACAAUAAGAAAAUGAAGUUAGUUAUGUGAAGAGAAGGAGUAGACAGCUGGCAGAUUCUGAAUGGAGACGAGGAUAUUGAGAAGCAAGGAAACGCGAUGGAAAGUAGUGAUAGUGGAGGGGGAGCAAGAGAGGGAAAAAAGGGAAAAUAUGAAGUAGUUUGGGAAAACGGAAUUGGGAACUCUACAGACAGGUAGUCGUUUGUAGAGGGAGCAUAAUAUUGGGAAUUGCUCGUUGGUUUUUGGUGACUGAGUGGUUGUUGAGCCAUUAUAGGUCUUUGGGAGUCUUUUUUGGAGUCUGUUAUUUGCUGUGUCUAUAAUUACUGUUUGAUUGAGUUGCAUUUCCCUGUCACCGUGUGAUAAGUUGGAGUAUAAUUAGGAAUAUGUAAUU